CGAGUAGCCGAAGAGCUGCAGUUCCGCGAGGGCGACGCCAUUCCAAAGAGGCACCAAAAAUUAGAUAACCCAAUUCCACCGUCUCGCCUAUCAGUGAAACUUCCUCUCUCAGUGCGACCCAGGAUCAUCCCGUGACGGUCCGGCAGAGAAGCAAGCAAACCGGAAAUAUGAUCACGCCGGGAGUCGUCACGUUGCUGGCCGCGAUCGCGUUGUCACACGCCGCGUACAAUUGUCCCAACAAGGACGGCCAAUAUGAGGACAGCAGGCAAUGCGACAGAUAUUACGAAUGCGUCGACGGUGUCGCGACGGAGAAGCUGUGCCCGGAUGGUCUCGUGUUCGAUCCCCUGAAUCGCAAGGUCAACAAGUGCGACCACGUUUUCAACGUCGACUGUGGCGACCGUCUCGAAUUACAGCCGCCACAGCCGACGAAGAAGUGCCCGCGACGAAACGGUUUCUUCGCCCAUCCUGACCCGGCGGUGUGCAACAUCUUCUACAAUUGCAUCGACGGCGAGGCGAUCGAGAUCAUCUGCACCACGGGCUUGCACUUCGACGAGUACAGCGGAACGUGCGUGUGGCCGGAUAGCGCGGGUCGCGAGGGCUGCGGGGUCGUGGGCAAGAAACUGCAGGACGGCUUCGAAUGCCCGCACGAGAGUCAAGUCGACAGCAGGGGUAUGGCGAUCGACCACCCCAAGUUCUCACACCCUGAGGACUGUCAGAAGUUCUACGUGUGCCUUAACGGCGUAACGCCGCGCGAGCAAGGAUGCAGCGACGGCACUGUCUACAAUGAGGAACAGCAGAGGUGCGACGCGCCCGAGAACGUCCCUGGAUGCGAGGAUUGGUACAAGGACGACGACAAGAAGCCAUGAGGGAAUUGUCGACGCUUAUCUGUCCCGCAUCGGGACGCCCGCGUUCACUCGAAUCACGUGUCACCUCCGCUCAACGUGAUAAUUCACGUGUGUGUGUUUAGUUAUUUGAAUGCCUUGGAAUAAGAGUUAUUUUUACUUUA